AUGUCAGUGAUAUUGAUCUUGACAGAUGGCCAAGUCGAAACAUUCGAAUCUCGGGUUCUAUGUAGGCCAGUGUCGUACUAUUCGAGCUGUUUCUUUUGGUCUACGAAAUUUUUAAGACCUAAGCGGUCUGAGCAGCGAGCUGACGCAGACACUGCUCCCAGAAUCACUUCAACUCUUACAUCCAUCAUUUUACCAAUGCGCGUCCCGUUCACUCGUCCAGAGACCGAAGAAAUAGGCAAACUACUAGACCGGCUCUCCAAAUCGAAAACGUUAUCGGCAGUGAAAAGUGGUAGAAGAAUCUGA